AUGCCCCCACUCGCCAAAAUGGCCUCCAAAAUCGUCCCCCUCGCCGACAUCCCCACGCUCGCCGCCCUCUACGCCAGCAAGAAGCUCACCCCGCCCUCGUCCCCCACCGCCGGCGCUGCUGCCUUGCCGCCGCCCAACGCCGCGCACAACGCACGCAUCUCGCUCAUCCGCACCGACAUCACGACGCUGCGCGUCGACGCCAUCGUCAACGCAGCCAACGAGUCGCUCCUCGGCGGCGGCGGCGUCGACGGCGCCAUCCACUGCGCCGCCGGGCCGGACCUGCGCGACGAAUGCGAAACCCUCGACGGCUGCGCCACGGGCUCGGCGAAAAUCACAAAGGGUUACGAGCUGCCGGCCAGGCACGUCAUCCACGCCGUGGGGCCGAUAUAUUGGGUCGCGAAGAGGCGGGGCGGGGCGGGCGAGCCGGAGCGGCUGCUGCGCGGGUGCUAUCGCAGGGCGUUGGAGCUGGCGCGGGAGAAUGGGUGCAGGAGUUUGGCGUUUAGCGCGCUGAGCACGGGGGCUUAUGGGUAUCCGAGUGGGGAUGCGGCGGAGACGGCGGUGGGCGAGGUGAGGAGGUGGUUGGAUGAGGACGAGGAGGGCGGGCUGGAGAGGAUUGUGUUUUGCAAUUUCUUGGAGAAGGAUGAGAGUGAGUAUUUGAGGGUGCUGCCGAAAUACUUCCCUCCUACCGCCGAGGAUGGCGUUGCUACCCAACAGGGCAAGGAGACUGAGACCGAAGCGGAAGACCUGGCCAAGCGUCUGCCUGACCCUCCCACUGCUGAACCCAAGCUCGCUGGCUCGCCUGACACCAAGAGACAGAAGACUGAACACAACACACCAAAGGUCAAAGAGGCCAAGCCCGCAUCCGUCGAGGAUGUUGAGGAGGAGUAA